UCUACAAGUUAUCUCAUACAACAUUUUCUUUAUUUACCUAUCUAACCUUUUUGCCCUUUUUAUUGUAUUACCAUUGCAUCCAUUGCAUCCAUUGCAUCCAUCCAUACACUUCAUACCUACUGGGCAAUCCCUCUCACUCUUCUUCAAACGUCUAAACUUUAAAACUCGACAAGCAGCAACUUGCCUCAGUUUGUGGAGAUAUCAGAAUAAGCUACCUAGGUAUCUUUCCCCCCGACCACUAAACCUCUAACCCAUCCAUCCUCCAUCCAUAAAUCCAUCCAUACCUACAUACAUACAUAAUUGAUUGGAAUCCACUCAGUCCACUCAAUUGCAUCGCAUAAACCACCCUCACCUUCUUUCCCGCAUCGUUCUCAAAAUAUAAUCAAUCCCCGUCCUAUAAUUCUUCCGUCCAGCCUACUGUCACAAACAUUCACUUUGUUCCCCUCGUACGCCGAGAGCUCAAGGAUAAGGUCGGUUGCUCAAACUAAAAUCAUCGAAUCAGUCCCGAGCAUCUGGAGGGCCAUUCAACUCCUGCCACAGUUGUAUGGAUCAUCAGUAAACAACCACAGCAUUACAUCGCUCAGAAUUAGAGCACGAGCUUAAACAGAUGUUGACGCACAAUGGAGAAUGCAUUUCUAGACGACCAGAAUUUUUAUUCUAGGCCUUUUCUUCACUCCGACGAAGCUCAGUUCCCAGCGCAAUCCCAAUCUCAAUUCCAGUACUCGUCCGAUUUGACUUCACAACACCGACAAAUACCUGCUUCCACUUGCGAAUCUCCUCACCUUUCCCAAGCAUUUGACUUCAACCCGGCACCGCCUCACCCUCCUAAACUACCGCUUCUUACGACCUCGAACCUGCAAGCGAUUCAAACGAAUGGGUACAUGAACAAUUCGGAUGAUGGUGGAGAGCCAGAUGACUUCUACAGAGAUUAUCAAUCAUUUUCACAAGCAAACGGCUCGCCGGCUCAAGUAGUAGAUAUGGCUGCGACAGCAUCGAAUGUUAGACCGACUCCCUCCACAGUGCGAUCAAAUAAUUCCAUCAACUCAUCCAAACAAACUUCCUCCGCCUCCCGAACCACAACGCGACCACCCUUCGGCUCAAACCUGUCGCCCGUUGAAAGCAAUCAAAAGCAAUCAACAAAACCACUUGCCAAUGGAUAUGGAAGGGCAGUACGACAACCAAGCGUGAAGGAUCUCUUGAAGCGCUUUGAUCAGAAUAAUGAUCAGUCACUUCCCAUACCGCGAAAACCUGGGGCACGAGCGAAAGAUGGUGCUGGAAUCAGUUCUGGAUACAUGAGAGAUCGAUCAAUUUCAUAUACUCCCCGCGUAACUAGUAACCCUGGACCUACAACUACGAGUUCGUCAUUAAGAUCGGGUACUGCUGCCAGAGAGCCGGGAUUAGCCAGAGUUAAAUCGCCUUCAUCUAGCACAAGGGCAAUGCAACGACCGAGGCUUGCGACAGAGGAUCAACAUCCAACUAAUGCGUUUUCGGGUUCCCCCCGCAACAUCCGUACAAGGAAUGCACCAAGUACCAAACCCGGUCCAGCUUCGAAGUCAAUGAAUAACCUUUCGCGUUCGUCCCAAUCUCAAGUACCACCUUCAGCACCGGAGAAGCGUCCUCUGUUUGGCGAGAUUUUAACUUUCAAUCAAGAUGCAUCCGAGGCAGGUUAUGGUAUCCCAACGGCAACAAGAAGAACAUCUGAGUCAGGUUUACCUUCUCUUAUCUCGACGCAGCAACUUAGUCGCACGGAUGUCGAUAUAUCUCCAACUUCGCCAACAGCGUGGUAUCUAGGAGUGACACCAUCACUUGGUGACGUAGAACCAAACAAACCGCGAAGAUCGGGCCACAAUCGUGCUCAUAGUGAUUUUGCAGACACCAAGGUAAAUACCAUGCACAAUGUUAACCGCUCUUCGUUUCUCCUACCAGAAUCCCCAGUCAACGCCAAGGAUUCGGAUGCAACCCUUGCGCUAGAUUCUCUACCCAAUGUAGAAGACGGGGCUGAAUCCGAAUUUCAGCCAGCAAAGCUUUCGUCUCGACUUCCUAUUGCCCUCAGACGCUUAAGCGGCCAGUCAGAUACAUCAAGUUCACCCUCGACGCGUGCUAGUUCUCCUCUGGCUGGCAAACGCGCGCCCAAUUCAAAAAUCCCUAGAGAUUAUCAACCGUGGAGUCCUGGAGGACGCUCGGUGGCAUCAGCAAAUCGUUCUACCCCGCAAAGCAGCCGUGUUAAAUCACGCAGCCCGGAAAAAUCCCCGAGCGACGGUAGCUUAAAGGCUUAUAUUUCUGCACCGCCCGCGAAGAAUUCGCCACCCUUACGAAGUUCACGUCCUCGGCAACCUGUUUCUGCGGCGUCAACGGCUAGCUCAAGGCAGAAGGCAGUGGAUGGAUCGGCAUCACCGCAUGAUUCAAGAGCUGGGAUCAAGGCGAGUAGAAUUGGUGUGGCCACUGAGAUGAAAGGACGUAGAGCGAUGAACACGGAACCUGUCAAUUACGCAGCACGGCGAGCACAAAUUACACGAGCAUAUACAAGAUCAAUUCAUGAAUCUGAGCUGCAGAAAAUGCGAGCAGCGCAUACGCGCCGUCUCAAUGGAAAAAGCCCACAAAUUACAAAUGGUGAGGAAAGCUCAAAGCAUGAACAGACGAAUGCUUCCACAAGCAGAGAUGAUGAACCAGAAAUGUCGUCGUUGGGAACAGAAUCUUUACAGAUCUUGACAAGCUUUGAACCACAAACCUCAAAGUCAUCAGUUGAGCGUCAAACUGGGAUAGAUCAAGAUUCGCCGACUUUGGGUGUUACUAACGAUGUUCCGGGAGCAUUUAUUGACGAGGAUGUGCCGAUGUCCGCGGUUUCGAAUGUUUCCGCCACUACUUUCAUUGAAAACGAAGCGCAGACAGAAGGCCCUCGCCUUGCCCGUAACCCAUCCGUCAAAGUUACAGAUUCGAUUGCAGUCCUUUCUAAAGUACCUGAAGCAGAAGAUACCACUUCUGACUAUCGAGAAGGAUCUAGUGCCGACUCUUUGGAAAUUUCGAUCGAAGCCACUUUAAUUGAAGUGGCUGACGAUACCCACGGAACACUUUUAGACGAGCCCAUCGGCCAUGAAGUGAGGAUAGAAGCAAUCCCUGACGACUCACCAAAUAGCACAGCUUAUGAUGAGCCAGCCACAGUAUCACUUGCGGAGUCUCCAAGCCCGAAAACGUUGAUGUCAGAAACUUUUGACUCGAAUUCCAUAGAUCAAAUAGAUAUUGAAGCAGCUGCUAAUGCAAGUAUUGACUAUGGCACUGCUAAUCCCACGGAUCUAGGCUCAGACGACCAAAGUGCUCAAGAGCUGGUGGAUAUUCCCAUCAAAAUCGAGGAGGACACAGAUGAAUCCCAUCUACACUUGGAGUCAAGUGAAUAUUCAGGAGAAAGCCCUAGACUUGAGUUACCAGCUUUACGUACCGCUCUUGCCGAAUUCUUAUCGCCACCAGAGACCGAUAGACAGCCUGAUUUGUACACUCCAACAGAUGCCGAUUAUGACAGCUCUGAAGAUAUUGGGGCAGCAAACACCGGCAACACGAGCGAACAAGAAGAUUUAUACGGGCCAUCUUAUGAUCAGAAUCGCGAGCUAUAUCUUACAUCUGACAGCUACCGCCGUGAAAGCCGACAUUCUGCUUGGACCGAUUUCUCAGUUGCCACAACAGAUGAUUCAGUCGCACAAGACGAGAAUCAAAAGUGGAUAAAUACGAAGAUUUCGCUCCCUGAAUUACAGAAAGGACCUACACCACCUCCAAAGCUACCCCCUUCUCCUGAGCCACCUGUGCUAGUUGAGGAGACGAAUUCUGUGAAUUCCUAUGGGCUUGAGUUACCUCCAUUGACAUCUCACAAUGGAUUUGGCCUUGGCUUUGAUCCGGACACCAUAUACAGCGUCCCUACUAUUCCAGUAUGGGCCAGCCUCACACCUCCACCAAUUACAGAGCAUAUUUAUCGGAGGGAAAAUGCUCUUGCUAAACUAGGUCCUCCUACCCGUACACCUCCUCCUCCUAGUGUUAACGAUAGUCGGCCUGGAUCCAGCGCAUAUCAAACAAGUCACAGGGCCGCCAGCCAACAUACCGAAUCCAGACGUCCUAGCGAUGAUUUAUAUUCACCGCGGCCUUCUCUUUCUACCCCUAGGUCAAGUAUGCAAAUAUCUCAGGAAGACGUAUCCCUAGGCCAUAGCUACCCCGCUCCUAAAAUUCCUCAGCUACCUCUUACCGAAGAAGAGCAAGCGAUUGCCAAGAAGAAAAGCGCACGCUUAUUUACCCGACGAAAGAUAAUCGAGGAAAUAAUUGAUACAGAGGCUGCUUAUCUCAAAGACAUGAAUGUAGUUGAAGAAAUUUACAAAGGAACGGCGGAAGCAUGUCCGAAAUUGGACUUCGGUGAUAUCAAGACAAUCUUCAGGAAUACCGAUGAGAUUAUAACUUUCUCAACAGCGCUGCUGGAUGACCUCAAAAAAGCCGGAGCAGCUGUGUACACUUCCAAGUCCCGCGCCAGACAAAGUCGAGCUACAGGUUCCACGUCAGUAACCACCACUGCAGCUAAUACUCCUGCAUCUCUAGGACCCAACGAUAGUUGUUCGGAUCCUCCGGACUUGAACGAUUUCAAUGAAGAAAGGGACCGAAAGACUUUUAUUGGCUUUACUUUUGGUAAACAUCUUCGAAAGAUGCAAGAGGUCUACACAGAAUUCUUGAAGAACAGCGAAUUGGCAGCCGAUCGCUUAAAAAUUCUGUCAGCGGACCCUGCCGUAAGCGUGUGGCUGAUCGAAUGCAACAAUGUCGCGAAGGAUUUGACGGCUGCUUGGGACCUUGAUGCUCUGAUGGUUAAACCAGUUCAGCGAAUCACUCGCUAUCAGUUAUUAAUCGACAACCUCGUAAAGCAUACCGCCGAAGAUCACCCAGAUUUCAAUGCCCUUACGAUUUCUGGUCGAGAAACGCUAAAAUUAUUGCAGACUAUCGAUAAGCUGAAGGAACGUAUUCAGGUCGUCGGUAAGAUCGUUGGUCGAAAGCGUAAGGAAUCAGAGGUCCGCCUCGGAUUAGCCAAGGCAUUUGGACGACGAUCGGAGAAGUUGGCUUCUAGUGUGGUUCGCCCACAUGACGAUGAAGUGUUUGUCAAGUUGCAUGAGAAGUUUGGUCAUGAUUACCUACGAUUACAGGUAGUGAUGCGUGAUAUUGAAUACUAUACGCGACAAGUUGCUACUUGGGUCAACGAUUUUCUCAGAUUUCUUUCUGCUAUGGAGCUGAUCAUGCGGCAUAGCCCUUCCUCCUAUCCGGAAAUGGAAUCUCGAUGGUCUCAGUUUAAUUUAUCCAUGAGAGAUAUGGGGAGCGUCGCUUUGGAAAACCAUGUAAGCACCUUCUAAUAAAUCGUAUAGGAAAUUCAUCGACUAAUAUAAAAUAGGUGGCGAAGAUUCGAAAAGAGGUCAUUGACCCAAUUGAGGCCGUUAUCCGGUUAUAUACAGGGCCCACUGAAUUCAUGAAGAAACGUUCGAAGAGACGCGUAGAUUAUGAAAAGUGGUUGGCUGCCAAGGCUAAUGGCAAGAAGUCGGAUGACAAGCUCCUCUCGUUAGUCAAAGAAUAUGACGCUCUAAAUGAAACUUUGAAGACAGACUUGCCCCGGCUCUCGGCCUUGACGUCGGAGAUAGGUCGAAAAGUUCUUGCUAGACUUAUCUGUAAUCAAACCUCAUGGUAUUACAUAUGGCAAGAGAAAGUCAAGACUGUGUUGGAUGCGAACCAAAUACCUGUGAGCAUACAUGAAAUUGUACAAUCCUUUGAACGAGAAUACAAGUAUGUUCUCGCACAAACUCAAGAACUUCGUCUCAUCAAUGGUACGCUCGAGGUCGAUUGCUUUUUGGACCGAUCAGAUUCAACCCCUCUUGCCAGUAUCAAGGACAAUGAAUCGAUAAAAACCAAAGGCCGACUGUCUGAAUCCUCUGCUCGGCCACGUGGUUUGUCCUCGGCAGGCCAACAUGACACGUCUCCAAGUCUACCAACGCCCGAUUUUGCGAAGCGACACAGUGGACAAUUUUCGUUUUCACCAAUUUUGGCAAACGCACCAGGCUUCCCGGUACAUGCUCCAUAUCUGCCGGCCGCUUACUCCACAGGACAUUCACGAGCUGGAUCGGGCUCUCCUGCAACGGAUGCGGGCGCUUCUCGAGUGUAUGGCUCUACUAGACCAUCAACAUCACGUAGUAUUGCCUCGGACAACGGUGGCGUUCCGAGAAUUAGUACGGACCUGGGACAUCGUAGGGAAUCCAGUUCUACUCAAGCAUCUGCAUCAUACAUGGUGGAUGGCCCUCUUCGUGAUCAACGACCGUUCUCUGGCAUUUUCCAUUCUGCAAUGCCCUUGCCUGAUGGUCCAGAGGAUAGCGCUCGAUCUUCAAGAGCUUCUUCAAUGGAUCGUACCCAUAGGAGUCGUUACAAUGUCAUCUACCUGGCAGCAAGCUUAUUCGAAUUUAAUAUUGAAGCAACUAAGAAAGAGGCCGGUUACCCUUAUCUGACAUAUUCAGCUGGUGAAGUAAGUCUCCAUCUAUUGUACCAUUCCACUCAGCAUAUUAAUAUGUUUUUAGAUUUUUGAUGUCAUCGGAGAGAAGGGCGAACUUUGGUUGGCUAAGAACCAAGAUGAUGACUCUGAUCAAGUUGGCUGGAUCUGGAGUAAGCACUUCGCUCGCCUGGCCACGGAUUAAGCAACAUCUACGACCUUCAAUUUGUAAUAUUUUUUCUGUUUGUUUGCAGGUGGCGCUUAUUUUAUUGAUUUGGCGUUAAAAUACCUGUACUUGUUUCCGAAAUACCUUUUCACGUAGAAAAGCAGCAUUUUAUGUGGUCUAUUGGCGCAAUGGGGCAGGGUCAGAAACUCAAGCUUAAUGAUAGGAGAUUGUUCUAGGGAAUCAUUUUUGGUUUUGAUCUGGCUACAGCUAGUGCCUGGGAUAUACAGAUUGGGUGCAGAUGGAAAGGAAGGGCGUUUUUGAUUUAGGAAUGGGCGUUCAAAUAAGCCUGAUUUUUUCUCCUUUUUUGAUUUCUAAUGUCGGUAAGAUUGUUUUAGAUUGCUUUUUAUGGAGCGAUUCGUUAUGAUGGAUGGAUGGACGGAUGGGUGGAUGGAUGGGUCGGUGGAACAAUAAGUGCAGCCUGGAAAUUUUUUCCUUUUCCUUUUCAAUUUCUAAAGUUUAGUUUGCAGGGUUUGGGCUUUGUUAAUAUGGAUGGAAUGGAUGGACGGAUGUCUAGGGCUCAUGAUCACAUGCAUGAGUUGAUGUCGGUUUUUUGUUGGAGUUAUUUUAAUUUUAGUUGUUGAAUAUACCAGUGGAGAGCGAGAGCGGGAGCAAAGGAAAUAGGAAGAGAGUAAGAGCAAAACAGAACAGGGAAUAAGGGAGGACAAGUGAGAUAGAUGAGUUGAGGUGAUGUUGUGGAAUGGUGGAAUGGUGGAAUGGAGGAAAUGAUUUGGACUUGACUUCUUUAUUCUCUGUGAGAAUCUUAUCUUUUCGUUUGUUUUGUUUGUUGAG